GUUGGCGGGGUGAAAUUCGUAUAAAUAGAGGUGUCUAUAGGUGAAUAACACAAACACAUCUUGUUCUACUUUUUGAAGAUAAACGAAAAAAUGGUUAUACACAAAUCAAUUAAACUAAUCGCUCAAAUGUUACUAUUACUACUAGCGAUCCAUGCACAUAUCCAAGCCGUUGGUUCAACCACUGAAACCUGCUCACUCACCAAUCUGAAGCAUGAAACGUCUUCUGAGAUCUAUUUUCCAGUUUGGCGACGGGAGCUUCUCGGUGGCGGAGGAGGAGGCCGUGGUGGCGGAGGAGGAGGCCGUGGUGGCGGUGGAGGUCAUGGUGGAGGAGGUGGUGAGGAUUUUAGUAACGGAGGUAGAAGCGGUGGUCUACAAAGUUCCUUGUUCAUGGUUUUUAUAGGUUAUUGGCUUUUAGUUUUAUAUAACUAAAUAUAUUGUAUAUAGAUUUUGAUUUUUGAUUAUGUUUUCAGUGUUAAUGUUUGAUUUGCUGUAAUAUUGUUUUCACUUUUUCUUUCAUAUCCUUUUAUAUUGUGUAAUAGGGUUUAUUCCGUAUCUUGCACGGACAUUUGUGGAUUGUGUUGUUAUACUUGAUAAAUGUAAAUGUAAACCGCUAUAUAUGAAAUUUGUGAUUGAUUUUGGUA